AGCGCGGCGGGGAUGAGCGAGGAGGGGGCGGGCGGCGGGGCCAGGCGGAGCGGCGGCUUCCCCAGCCCUGUCCCCAGCCUGGAGCAGAUGCUGGCCUCCAACCCCGGGAAGACGCCCAUCAGCCUGCUGCAGGAGUAUGGCACGCGCAUAGGCAAGACCCCCGGCUACGACCUGCUCAAGGCCGAGGGCCAGGCGCACCAGCCCAACUUCACCUUCCGCGUCACCGUCGGCGACGUCAGCUGCACCGGGCAGGGACCCAGCAAGAAGGCGGCGAAGCACAAGGCAGCGGAGGUGGCCCUGAAGCUGCUCAAAGGGGGGGACAUGCUGGAGCCCGCCACCCCCGAGGAGCCCAGCUCUCCUUUCCCUCCAGAGCCCCCGGCUGAGCUCGGCCCUGCUGCAGCCCCCCCGGCACCCACCGUGCCCCCACCUUCGCCCAGGGGCACCCCCGUGGAGAUGAAGAUGCCCGUGUCCCCCCCCCAGUCGGAGUGUAACCCUGUGGGGGCUCUGCAGGAGCUGGUGGUGCAGAAGGGCUGGCGCCUGCCCGAGUACACGGUGACGCAGGAGUCGGGGCCGGCCCACCGCAAGGAGUUCACCAUGACGUGCCGCGUGGAGCGCUUCGUGGAGAUCGGCAGCGGCACCUCGAAGAAGCUGGCCAAGCGCAACGCGGCUGCCAAGAUGCUCGUGCGCAUCCACAACGUGCCCAUGGAGCCGCGGGAGGGCAGCGAGGCCGAGGUGGAGGAGGACCAGUUCUCCAUGGCGGGCCCCAGGCUGGAGGGGCUGCGGGGCCGGGCGCCCGGCUGCACCUGGGACUCGCUGCGCAACUCGGCGGGCGAGAAGAUCGUGCAGCUGCGGAGUCACCCGCUGGCACCCCUGGGUGCCGGCGCCUGCGCCCUGCUGCAGGAGCUCUCCGAGGAGCAGAGCUUCGCCAUCAGCUACCUCGACAUCGACGCCGUGAGCCUCAGCGGGCUGCACCAGUGCCUGGUGGAGCUGUCGACGCAGCCGGCCACGGUGUGCCACGGCGCGGCGCCCUCCCGCGACGCCGCCCGCACCCAGGCCGCCCGCAACGCCCUCCAGUACCUCCGCAUCAUGGCGGGGGGCAAGUGAG